CUUAAUAAACAAUAUAACUAGUGAAAAAACGAACAGGUACCUGAGUACUUGUAGAUCGUUGGAUAAUACUCAAAAGCUUCAUGAAAAUUAUUAUUGAGAAGACGUUAGUGAAGUGUUUAUGUUCGUACGAGUUUAUUUUCGUGUUUGUAUUUGUCACAUGGUUGAGACUGAACAGCGUCCGCUGGGAGAGAUGUUUUAUUUUUAAUAUUGGGAAGGCUCCAAUCGACUCCAGCAAAGUCCCCAUAGUAUGGAUACUGGGCGGUCCGGGCUCGGGAAAAGGCACGCAAUGCGAAAAGAUUAUCGCCAAGUAUGGAUUCACGCAUCUCUCCACUGGCGACCUCUUGCGGGCCGAGGUCAAGAGUGGCUCGGAGAGAGCGAAGUGCCUUACAGCUAUUAUGGAACGGGGUGAACUGGUCCCCAACGAUGUGGUGCUGGAUCUCCUAAAGGAAGCGAUGCUCGCGAAGGCUGGCGAAGCUAAAGGAUUCCUCAUCGACGGAUACCCGCGGGAGAAGUCGCAAGGCAUCGCCUUUGAGAAAGCCAUCGCCCCUGUUACUGUGAUAAUAUACUUCGAAGCAUCAUCCGAGACCCUUACAAAGAGGUUACUGGGACGCGCCGUCAGUUCAGGACGUGCGGACGACAAUGAGGAGACCAUCAAACUUCGCCUCAAGACCUUCCUCGAUAACAACGACCAGGUGCUGGCGCAGUACCCGAGUAAACUACAGAGAAUAAACGCUGAAGACAGCGUCGACGCCAUUUUCAACCAAGUGGAGAAAAUCCUGGACCCGCUGGUGGCGCAAUAAGGGGUCGUCAGCUUAGCUAAUUGUAUAUAAUGUACCUACUAUUUCGUUCACUUAUCAUAUGGGCCUGU